CUGAGGGAGAGUGCUGCCUCGCGAUCCUCUCCCGCCAUGAGGAAAAUUCAAAUCUGGUGCCGCCGCAAAAAUUGCGUAAUAACAUGAACUAAAAGUAGACCUCAAAAACCUAAUUAAACUACCCUAAAAAUUUCAUCCAUAUAUAAAAGUGUUAUGUAAAUAAUUUGUGCGCUAAAUAGAAUUAUGACUUUUAUUUAAGUGACCUUUUAAUUAAUUAUUAUAUUUAUUUACUUUUUAAAGUGUUGUGAUUUGUAAAAGUAUUCGAUACUUACUUAUCCAUUCAUUUUACUAACUAAGUUCAUAAUAUUAUGUGAAGGGAUAGAUUAUUGCUGUGUCAUCUUAUGAAUUGAAACGUCGAGACACCAUUUAAAAUAACAGGUUUAUGAAACAAAAAGUGAGAAUAAGAUAAAAAUUAGUAAAUAAAUUCCUGAAAAACCCUUCAAUAGAGACAAAAAAAAAAUGUAUCUGACACCAUAAAGUGUAGUGCAGCAUUAAAUUUUCUAUCAUAAAACUGUCUAUUUGUAGUGUUUUUAGUGUACUUUAGUGAUGAAACUUAGUGUGAGUGCGUACCGCGCCCACGCGGCGGCGCACAAGAAGAUCCUCACUUCGUCGUACCAGCAGCACUAUGGAAGCACAGCAGCACCCUCCAGUAAUCCUCUACACCCGACGGCAUUUACACCACAGGCAGAAGAAGGCACUACUAGAACACCAGACGGGGAUGAAAACGAUGGCAGUGAUCCCAACGCAGGAUCCUCAAGAGGUUUGUCGGCGGCUACCUCCAGGGAAGAAGACGAUGACUCUAGUAACAAUGCAACAAGCAAUGAAAGCAAAAGCCCUGGACAAAGGUUGUUGAACAAGUUGUCACCAUUCUCUGCUAAUGAGGCCCCUGAAGAUAUAACAAAGUCGAACCAACGAUGGAUGAAGCUACGGACGACGGUGCAGUUGAGUUCUGCGAUCCAAAAGAAGCCGCCCUUGAAGAGAGAAGAUUCCUUCCUUAAACGGUUUUCCACGCGACAAAUACCAGAGACUCAGGAAACAGUAGAAGAUACCGGUUCAGAAGGGGCAACAGGGGAGCAUAGAGCAAGCAACCGUCAGAGGCGACGGAAAGUUCGAGUGCCUCGUACUGUUGUCAACCCAGAUGAGAAUUUCUACUUCUACUGGCUCUGGGUUAUCACCAUUUGCGUUCUGUACAACCUUUGGACCCUCAUCGUGAGACAAAGCUUCCCCGAAUUACAGAUCAUGUGCCACUACUUCUGGUUGACUUGUGAUGGUAUUGGAGAUGUGGUGUUUGCAUUGGAUCUCGUAGUACAACUUCGGACUGGAUACUUAGAACAAGGGCUCAUGGUUUAUGAUUCCAAGAAACUUGCCAAACAUUACCUAAGGUCAAGAGCUUUUCUCCUGGACAUUGCAUCGUUAACACCUCUGGACCUCCUGCAGCUGAAGAUUGGAACCAACCCUAUCAUACGUUUCCCAAGAUUUCUUAAGGUUUACAGAGCAGUCAGCUGUUACUACAUGGUGGAAUCCAGGACGGUGUACCCCAACUUCUGGCGGGUGAUCAAUCUCAUUCACAUUCUACUGAUAUUAGCACAUUGGUUUGGUUGCUUUUACUUCCUGCUAUCUGAAGCUGAAGGAUUUCAGGGUGACUGGGCAUAUCCCCACCGGCCGGGUGACUACGCAACUCUGACCCGGAAGUAUCUCGGAUCCCUCUAUUGGUCAACAUUAACGCUAACCACAAUCGGGGAUUUACCGACGCCUGAAACGAACGCUGACACUCAUGGAGGUCCCAAAUUUUUGCCGCGUCGGGGACUCAAGUCGCGACUUCUUCAGUUCAGAUCAAACCGGGGGUAUAUAUUCACAAUCGUUAGUUACUUAAUUGGGGUGUUCAUCUUUGCUACUAUAGUGGGGCAAGUUGGCAAUGUCAUCACCAAUAGAAACGCAAACAGGCUUGAGUUUGAAAGGCUUUUGGACGGCGCGAAAACAUACAUGAGACAUCAUAAGGUUCCAGGUGGUAUGAAGAGGCGCGUCCUUCGAUGGUACGAUUAUUCAUGGUCUCGAGGAAGAAUCCAAGGCGGCGGUGACAUCAAUACUGCCCUUGGUCUCUUGCCUGAUAAACUCAAGACUGAACUUGCUCUGCAUGUCAACCUGAGUGUAUUGAAAAAGGUAACAAUUUUCCAAGAGUGUCAACCCGAGUUUCUUCACGACUUGGUUCUGAAAAUGAAAGCCUACAUUUUUACGCCGGGAGAUUCGAUAUGCAGAAAAGGUGAAGUAGCCCGAGAGAUGUUUAUAAUAGCCGAUGGUAUUUUGGAGGUCAUAUCAGAGACCGGCCGGGUUUUAACUACAAUGAAAGCGGGUGAUUUUUUUGGUGAAAUUGGCAUACUGAACCUCGAUGGCCUAAACAAACGCACAGCAGAUGUAAGGUCAGUUGGUUAUUCCGAACUCUUCUCACUUUCGAGAGAAGACGUUUUAGCUGCUAUGAAGGACUAUCCUGAAGCUCAAGACAUAUUACAAACACUAGGCAGAAAACGAUUGCAGGAGGCGAAGAGUAUGUCCAGGCAAAAAGUCAAGAGUAAAGCGACGGGCGAAGGAAGUCCUGAUAAAGGUGGUGAAGACAGCACUUCCAAACGAAUAGUCCACAAGCUUAAGACUGAUGUGAAGGGUAUCCGAAACGCAAUACGCAGUAGAUCGCGAGUAGGGCGUCGAUCAGGAGAAUCGUUAGAACUGCAUUCACUAACAAGCAGCGAACACAAAUUACGGCGUAUGCCGAGAGUAGAAAGCGACGAUUCACAACAUCAAAAUGCGGAUGAUAAUGGUGAAACAACAGGAAUCAAAGAACCUGAAAAAAUUAUUUCCCCGAUAGGAGCUGGACUGCCAUUACUAUCUCGUCUAAAGUUACUUAAAGAGAAACAGGAUCGUGAAGAAAAAGUAGCGAAACAAAGACACUCGACAUCAUCAGUAAUUUCCCCUCCACCGUCGCAUCCAACUCCUUCUACAAGUUCUGCACCAGACAUAGAACCAGAGAUUAUUGGUGCAGGUCUUCCUUUGUUGCAAAGAUUACUGCUCCUCAAAGCGAAAGAGGAAAGAGAUAAGAAUCAAUUAACACCUACUACCAGUAACCAACCAUCCAGCUCAGAAACAAUCAGUCCUAGCUCAAUAAAAAGCCCUUUGAGUCCAACUGUAAAAAAUUUAAGUCCGUUACGAAAAGGAUCAGAAUCUAGUUCACCCGGUAAACUUCAAAGUCCAACCACAAAAAUGUCUAGGAAAAAUUCAUCGGGAUCGAGCGAUGGAGCAUCUAAGCCUAAAGUUAGUUUUAGAGACAAAAUUCUACAAGUGCAAAGUGAUGGCACAGCAGUGUGCCAGCCCCUUAACAAGGAUAUCAGCGAAAAACCUGCCGCUUUUGUUGAGCCAACUCCAAAAACUGAAGGAAAUACAAUAUCAAUACCCCACUCUGUCGUAAGUAAAAUCAAAUCACCUGCCAAAUCUAUGGGAUCAACUUUUCGAGAUAAAUUAAAACUACUGCAAAGUGGAACUUCUGCAAUAGAAAAUGACACUUCUGCAACAGAUAAAUGUAAACCGUUAGCAUUCGAAAAAAGUGCCAUUGAAAUAACUCCUCUGCAAACCAAAGAAUCUCAAGAGGAAUCAAAAAACAAAAAACCUUGGAAUAAACUUAAAAAAGCUGCAAUAUUAGGGGAAUCAAAAAGUCAUAGCAAAUCUAUUGAGGAAAAAGUUGAAUUAGAAAAUGCAGUCGAACCUCCGUCGGCUGUCAUCGAACUUCCUAGUUUAGAAUCAAACGUAAACAUUUGUGUGCCUAUAAUUAAUACAGGAGAACUUGUUAAGAUAGACAAUAAUAACACAGUGGUUCAAAGUGAUAAUGACAAGGAGGACAAAUCUCCGGUUUGCCAUGUGGAAUCCGUCCAACAGAAAUCUUUAGAUUUAUUGACGAUGUCACCGAAGGCAAGUUGUGUUACUAGGUCAGUUGAUCGAAUAGCUUCUACUAUAGGUACUGAGUUACUAUCAAAAGAUAAAAAAUAUAGAUCUAUAGAUGAUCUAUCGCCAGAGUAUGGUGGAUUGCCAUUUGUAAAAAAGCUGAAAAUUCUAAAUGAAAGGCAAAAGUUAGCAGAACUUGAAAAAGUUAUCAAAAUCAGAAGUUCAAGUCUUGACUGUGCUGGUUCUUCAGAAGAUUUACUAUCUGAUACGCUUACGAGAAGUCAUUCCGAAGGUAGUACAAUGGAUAAAAGAAAAUUCAAACGGAAAUCUACGGAUUCAAUAGAAAGUCACGAGUCGAAUGAAACCCUUGAGAGACGCACACUGAAAUCAAUUUUAAAAAAAUUGUCUGAAGAUGUUACUCCCACGGAGAGUCCCGAAAAAAGUAAUGAACUAAGAAAAUUAAUUCGUGCGCCAACCUUAGAAGGAUAUGCUGCAAGACACUCGAAAUUUGCGAAAAGUGUCACAUUUCACCGGCAUACGUUACCUUCGCCACCUUCCAGUAUACCGAUAGAUGAUACUGAUGAAGUAUUUACUAUCACUAGUCCUUUAAUUUCUUCAUUACCACAACCAUCGCCUCCUGAAAUAACUAUAUCAGAUACUAAAGAAACUCCUCCAACUCUUCAAAAUCAACUUAGUAAUACGAACCCACUUUCAAACACGGAAAUUCUUCGACAAGAAAACGUCGAACCAUCUUAUGACUAUAAAUCAUUGCGACCAGAAGAUAUUCGAGUACCAUCGGAAAAAUCCAAAAUAACAAUAAUAUCAGCGGUAGCUAACCAAAGAAAAUUAUUAAGAGGUUCAAUAGAAGAGCAAGAAUAUUUCGGAGAAGUGCUUCUUGGAAUCAAACAAGUAAUACAGGGGCAUUUGCACGAAGUUCAAGGAAAAUUUCAGGAAAGGUUUAACAGUUUAGAAAAUGAAGUUCGCAAACGUGAUGAAAUAAUUAGUCAGCUUCAAAAGCGUAUACAAGAACUUGAACGACUCGGUCUUCGAACUGUACCAUCGAGUACAGAAAUAUUAGAAUCAGAUGUGCAACAGUUAAAUGGGAGUAAAAUAAUAAAGCAACAGCAGUCAAUAAAUACUAGCUCAGGAAGUGAUGAUAAUAUGUCUGGCGUUGAUGAAGGAUUUAUGAGAGGAGACUCUCUAGAUACUGUGUUUACGACAUCGCCGCCAGAAGGAACUGAUGAAGAUCCUAAAUCGGUAGAACAAGAAAUUUCACCAAAAGUACCCGAGGAAUCAGCCGCUGGCGAAGAAUUGACAGAAGAAACACUUACAGAAAUUACUGAAGGAAUAGAACUGUCUAAACUUUCCUAUUCAGAACUGCAGAGUUUAGCUGAUUCUUUAUCAAACAGAGCAAGUAAAACAUCUAGUAAAGAAGACUGGAGUGUAAGCAAAUCAAAACGAUUAGAUUUGAAUUUAGACGGGAAAGCUGGAACGUAUUCGAGAAAACGAGCCGAAAAAUUGAAACUUAGAAAAUCAUGGGAUGAUCAAAGUAACCAAGAGACAUUAGAAUUGCAAGAUUUGACAAGGCCGUUAUCGCCGCAUACUACUUCCGAAGACCGUUCGCUCCUAAGCCCAGAACAGUCAAGUCUCCGUACAAGUAGACGAGGAAUACAUCCCUUUCAUUUCUUUGGCACACAUCUUGAUAGCACUAGGAGUAAAAUAAAGAAGACUUUGUCUGUAGACACAGGGAUGCAUCAUACGGGAAGAAAAGACAUAAAACAAAAAUCACACAGACAACAACGCAAGUUUAGUUUAGGAUCUUUCUUCGGUUACAACCGUGGUGCUACUCCGAAGACUACAAAUUGCAAUGAUGUGGUGCUAGAUAUGGGCAGUGAUCUCAGUUGGAGUGAAAGUACAUCAACUUCGUCAAGUAGCGACUCUGAGUGCGUACCGCGUACGCCAGUGUUCGAAGAGUUUAUCGACAACAACUCCAAACAGAGGCGAAGUUUCUCUAGCUAUGGGUAUGAAUCGCCCAUCAGAGCGUUUGCUGGCAGUGGAAGUGAUUGGGAAGUCAUGAUGCUGGCCGAUGAAUUAGAAAAGAGAGAGCGAGAGAAGGAAAGAGAGGACAGCAGAAGACAUCAUUACCCUUCAACCCUGAGAGACUUAGAGGAGGAAUCCGAUACCCCACAGCGUGAAGACAGUCCUGACGACCUCUCCAAUAUGGAGGAUUCGAGUUCUACUACUCAGCUACUAUCACAGGCGAGCGACACCUCACACCGAUCGCUCGAGACCUCCUUCACGGACACCGGGAGACGGGGUCAUCGCGGUGGAUCCGUUGGAGAACAGACAAUACCUGGUUCAUCUUUACUACCAUCAAGAGGCCUCAUUUUGCGAGCAGCGAGUUUGGACCGUGAUACUCCAUCUACAAUCUCCGGUAAUAGGCGAUAUGGCUCUCUUAAGAGUUCAAGUAGCGAUUCUCAUAAAAAGCUCUGAUCCGCUUCGAUGCAAGACCCACUAUGGACUGAAAUUACAAAAGAAGACACCAAAAUGCACUGUAAAAAUGACAUUGUAAAUAAUCAUGAAAAUGUAAACGUAGAAAAUAAAAAAUCUGGUCCAAGCGUUAGUAUUUGUAAUAGAAGACAAAAAGUUGAUUUUAGACAUUUUAAUGUGGAUUCCGAUCCAAGGAAUGGAUUAGAUAAGCAUUGUAAACCUAGUGGGUCGGUAGUUGAAGAUGAUAUUGUAAGAAGACUUGAUGUUGGCGGUCAAUUAGUCAUAAUUAUUGUCAUUGUGAAUGAUAAUAUUCAUUUAGUAGUAAUUUAUUUCUCAUUGUAAUGUCUCUGUAUUAUUGUAACUUAUCAUACUUAUUAUAAUUAUUAUAACUUAUCUAUAGCAUACCUACCUACCUAGGUAGUCAUCUGAAUAAAAAAUGUUUUAUCGUAAUAAGUAUUUAAAAUGCACAAACACCUUACAUAAGUAAGGUAAACUUAAGUUUAGUGUAAACAUUUUUUCUCUACUUUGCUUCGAAAAAAUAAUAACUGAAAGUAUAAUAUUGCUUAUAAAUGGCGGAUAAUGAAAGAUAUUUAUACUAUGUUUAUUUAUUUGUCAAAUAUUUGAAUAAACUUAGUGUCAAAGUGGGCCAGUGAUACCUAAUAUAAAACUGAAUUUAGUCCUUAACAAUAGUUGAUAAAUUAAUAUACCUACCUAUUAUCUAUUUAUUAUAUAAAAUGUAAGAAAUAACAGAUCAAAGAUUAGGUACUUUAUACAUAAUAUACAAUUUUGUAGAAACAUCAAAAUAUAUUAUUUACCUAUACGUAGCUAGGUACUUUAUUAACUACUUAAUCAUUAUUUUUAAUUUUUGAUUAAAGGUAGGUAGUCUAAACUUUCAUAAAAUGAAGCACAAUGAUUU